CCCGCUUCCGCUUCCGGCGAGUAUUGUGUGUCGCGCCGCGGCGGGGCGGGGGCAGGAGGAAGGAGGAGGCUGCGCCGCGGAGCCUCCGCGCCCCGCACUCCCGGACCGGAGCCGGGAAGUUAAAUAAUGGCAGAGACAAGUCUGUUAGAGGCUGGGGCCUCUGCAGCCUCCACAGCCGCGGCUCUGGAGAACUUACAGGUGGAGGCGAGUUGCUCCGUGUGCCUGGAGUAUCUGAAGGAGCCUGUCAUCAUUGAGUGUGGGCACAACUUCUGCAAAGCUUGCAUCACCCGCUGGUGGGAGGACCUAGAGAGGGACUUCCCUUGUCCAGUCUGUCGAAAGACAUCCCGCUACCGCAGUCUCCGGCCCAAUCGACAACUAGGCAGUAUGGUAGAAAUUGCCAAGCAGCUGCAGGCUGUAAAGCGGAAGAUCCGGGAUGAGAGCCUCUGCCCCCAGCACCACGAGGCCCUCAGCCUCUUUUGCUAUGAGGACCAGGAGGCUGUAUGUUUGAUAUGUGCAAUUUCCCACACCCACCGGGCCCACACCGUCGUGCCACUGGAUGAUGCCACACAGGAGUACAAGGAAAAACUGCAGAAGUGCCUAGAGCCCCUGGAGCAGAAGCUGCAGGAGAUCAACCACUGCAAAUCCUCAGAGGAGAAGAAACCUGCGGAACUCAAGAGGCUAGUGGAGAGUCGCCGGCAGCAAAUCUUAAAGGAAUUUGAGGAGCUUCAUAGGCGGCUGGAUGAAGAGCAGCAGGUACUGCUUUCACGGCUGGAGGAAGAGGAACAAGAUAUUCUACAGCGCCUCCGAGAAAAUGCUGCUCACCUAGGAGAUAAACGCCGCAACCUGGCCCACUUGGCUGCAGAGGUGGAGGGCAAGUGCUUACAGUCAGGCUUCGAGAUGCUUAAGGAUGUCAAAAGUACCCUGGAAAAAUGUGAGAAGGUGAAGACCAUGGAGGUGACUUCAGUAUCCAUAGAGUUGGAAAAGAACUUCAGCAAUUUCCCCCGACAGUACUUUGCCCUAAGGAAAAUCCUUAAACAGCUAAUUGCGGAUGUGACCCUCGACCCCGAGACUGCGCAUCCUAACCUAGUCCUGUCAGAAGAUCGUAAAAGCGUCAAGUUCGUGGAGACACGGCUUCGGGAUCUCCCGGACACACCUCGGCGUUUCACCUUCUACCCUUGCGUCCUGGCGACUGAGGGUUUCACCUCCGGUCGACAUUACUGGGAGGUGGAGGUGGGCGACAAGACCCACUGGGCAGUGGGGGUGUGCCGGGACUCCGUGAGCCGCAAGGGCGAGCUGACUCCGCUUCCUGAGACUGGCUACUGGCGGGUGCGGCUGUGGAACGGGGACAAGUACGCGGCCACCACCACGCCUUUCACCCCUUUGCACGUCAAGGUGAAACCCAAGCGGGUGGGCAUAUUCCUAGACUACGAGGCCGGCACACUGUCUUUUUAUAACGUCACAGACCGCUCUCACAUCUACACCUUCACUGAUACCUUCACUGAGAAACUUUGGCCCCUCUUCUACCCAGGCAUCCGGGCUGGUCGGAAGAAUGCUGCACCACUCACCAUCAGGCCCCCCACAGAUUGGGAAUGACAGGUAGGGAUUUGGGGAUCACUUGGGCGAGGCAGGGUCAAGAGCUGGGGGCCUUCCUUCCUGGAACCUGCUGGAACGUCUUCAUAGCUGCCUGGUUCCAGUCUCGAACCAUCCAGAAGAAACGCCUGGGUUUCUAGAAUGGUUGGUGAUGAGCAGUAGGCUGGUUGAGGUGUAGUUGUAUCUCCCUCCUGCGAAGAGUGGCAAGCCGGGCCCCGGGGAGUUGUCUCCUGGUGUCCAUCAGGUUUUCUGUUACACAGAAAGGGCUUGCGAAGGAGAGCUCUUACCGAAGCAAAACAUCCAGGAGGAUGUGACCUGCGCACACCAGAGGAGGAAGCAAACCCCUGUACAUCCUAUUACAGGGUUCUUUGACUCAGAAUAGUCUUGUUGGUUGAAGAUUCAAUCUGUGUACCUCUAGACUGAAAAAAGGCAUGGCAGCUGCUCUUAAGGGUCUAACCAUUGAGUUUUCUGAGGUCAGAGAUCGGGCAUUACGGUCAGAAGGAAAAUCAGGGACGGAGGGAAGACUAGAGGACCAGAUCCCUGGAGAGGGGAAGAGAGUUUCUGUGGUUGCCAGUGUGAGCGGGAGCAGCCGAGGUAAGGAAGUGGGCAGAAGUGGGCUAGGGACAGGAGAGCCCCGGGCCCUGCCGCCACCUGCCGCACACUGGCUUGUCCAACCUGUCUCCUUACAGUUGACUGAGAGAAGCCGGUCACCUUGGGUUCCCUCCAGGGUCAAGGUGCCUGACAUCCUGCAAGACAGUCUGCCCUUCAGCCAUUUUCCCAGGGGAACUUGGAAAGAAGAGAGUCAGGUAUUAGAGGAAAGAAAAAAGUUUCUAUCUAAAACCCUAGCCUUAAAGACUGUUAGUAAGUAUCUACUCCAAAAUUGCCAGCCUUGUUACUUGGCUAGGUACCCAAGCCAGAAGGGAGAAGGAAAAUAGUCUUCCUUACCCCUCGGACAGGAUAGAGAAAGGGAGUUUGCAGGGAAGGGCCAGACAGACAACUUCCUUUUUCCUGAUUGCAUCUGGCCAGAAACUAGCCUUCCUAAGAGCCAGUCUUUUGCCUGUUUGUUGCUACUCGACACCUUUUUCCAUUCCCCCAUCAGAGAAUGUAAAUCAUCUUAAUGCUAGGCCAAAAUAAAUAACCUGUAGGGUACUUAACUUUGUCAAAAAAGGUAAAGCAAUGCAUGCCAAACCAAACUAAACUGACUUGGAUUAUCUGCUACUUGGGUAAUCGGGAUCCACAGAAGACUGGGACAAGACUGCAGUUUAUUGAGGGCAUUUUGUUCCUCUGCCACCUCAACAGGACUUUGUCCAGACUCUCCUCUUACCUUUGUGCCUUGACUGUGGUUCUUUGUGGCAAGAUGCUUUGGUUGGUAAACAUAAUAUGGAACAAAGGAUCCACUGAAGUGA